UAUAUAUCUUAUAUGAAAUCACGGCGUAGGAAAUAACUUCUCGAGUUGGGAGGCUGAAUGUAAUUGGUUAAUUUUAGCCCCAGUCCCUGUUUAUUCUCAUCCCUCCGCGAUCCGUUGUACCACACUUCCACACAAAGGGAAAAACGAAAAGGGAAGGACCAUAAUGCCGUUGCGUGCAAGAUUGCGAAUCGCUCGCUGUCUCCACCAACUCCAGGGCUGCGCCAAAAGACGAAACCCAUUAAUUGCCAAGAAACUCCAUGCUCUAAUCAUCAAAGCUGGUCUAAACGAAAGCGAAUACUUAUACAACACUCUUGUGGAUGUUUAUGGCAAAUGCGGCCUCUUUCAAGAUGCCUAUUACCUGUUCGAGGAAAUGCCCCACAGAGACCAUGUCUCUUGGGCCUCCAUUCUCAAUGCAUACAACCAUGCCAACCUCCCUAACAGAAGUCUCUCCAUUUUCCCUACAAUGUUCGCGUUUGAUAGGUUGCAACCUGACCAUUUCGUGUAUGCUUCUCUGGUUAAGGCAUGCGCCAGCUUGGGUGCUAUAAGGCAAGGGAAGCAAAUACAUGCGCACUUUAUUUUAUCGCCAUUCUGUGAUGAUGACGUUGUUAAGUCUUCUUUAGUUGAUAUGUAUGCAAAAUGUGGAUUACCGAACAUUGCUCGUGUUGUUUUUGAUUCUAUUUUGAAAGAAAACCCGGUUUCUUGGACUGCAAUGAUAUCUGGCUAUGCCAGGAGUGGGUUAAAAACAGAGGCUAUGGAUUUGUUUUCAAGGGCGCCAGUGAGGAAUUUAUAUUCUUGGACUGCAUUAAUAUCAGGGUUAGUUCAGAGUGGACAUGGGAUUGAUGGUUCUUACUUAUUUAUUGAAAUGAGAAGAGAAGGGGUUGAUAUAGUGGACCCGUUAGUCCUUUCUAGCGUUGUUGGUGCUUGUGCUAAUAUAGCUGUACUGGAGUUUGGAAAACAGGUUCAUGGCCUUGUCAUAGCACUUGGUUAUGAAUCCUGCUUGUUCAUCAGUAAUGCUCUCGUGGAUAUGUACGCAAAAUGUAGUGAUAUUUUAGCAGCCAAAAACAUUUUUGAUGAAAUAAUUCAUAAAGAUGUUGUUUCUUGGACAUCUAUAAUAGUUGGAGCAGCUCAGCAUGGCAGAGCCGAUGAAGCAUUAGCUUUAUAUGAUGACAUGGUUUUAGCUAAGGUGAAGCCAAAUGAAGUAACCUUUGUUGGAUUGAUUUAUUCUUGCAGCCAUGCUGGGUUAGUUAGCAAAGGCCGAGAACUUUUUAAAUCCAUGACCGAAGACUAUGGAAUUAAGCCCUCCUUGCAACACUUCACAUGCUUGUUGGACCUUCUUAGCCGAUCUGGGUGCCUUGAUGAGGCUGAGAAUCUCAUUACUGCGAUGCCGUUUGAGCCUGAUGAACCUACAUGGGCAGCAUUACUGAGUGCUUGCAAGCACCAUGGAAAUACUCAAAUGGGGCUAAGGAUUGCUAAUAAGUUGUUGAGCUUGAAUCCUGAAGAUCCUUCGACCUAUAUUCUGUUGUCUAAUAUUUAUGCUGGUACUGGUAUGUGGGAACGUAUGUCAAUGGUUAGGAAGUUGAUGGCAGCUAGGGAAUUUAAAAAGGAACCAGGUUUUAGUACCAUCACCUUUGGGAAGGAAAUCCAAGCGUUCCAUGCUGGGGAGACAUGUCAUCCUAUGAAGGAUGAAAUACUUAGUUUGCUUAAGGAGUUAGAUGGAGAGAUGAGAAGAAGAGGUUAUGUUCCUGAUACUAGCUCUGUUUUACAUGACAUGGAAGAAGUAGAGAAAGAGAGGCAGCUUUUUUGGCAUAGUGAGAGAACGGCUGUGGCUUAUGGCCUACUUAAGUCUGUUCCAGGAACAGUCAUACGCAUAGUGAAAAAUCUUCGUGUUUGUGGAGAUUGCCAUACUGUUUUCAAAUUACUAAGCAGUAUUGUGCAUAGAGAAAUUAUUGUGCGAGAUGCCACUAGGUAUCAUCAUUUUAAAGAUGGAAAAUGUUCAUGCAAUGACUUUUGGUGAUUUUGUGAUUCUAAGACUGCAAGAAUUGCACAUCAGAA